UGUAUCGACACUGAGUCAAAGGGUACCGAGUCAAUUAAAGCUGCUGGUGAGGUUUCAAUCAAAAUCACCUGAAUUUUCUGUUCUCAUCAGCCAUUUGUUAUUACAUGUAUCUGAAGUAGAUCUGAUUGGCAUCAUGUCUGCUACAGCUAAUGGGGUUGAUCCCGCUCUAGUCACAAGAAUAGUGGACAGAGUGAAAUCCCAAGGAAUUUUCGAUCAGUUUCGCCGUGACUGUCUCGCAGAUGUUGACACGAAGCCUGCAUAUCAGAACUUAGGAACCCGAGUUGAGGGCUAUGUGUCUUCCUUCCUGGCCAAUUUCGUAUGGACACCAGAUAUGAACAAAAACCAACUAAGGAACAGCUUGAGGAGACAAAUUAAUGGAUCUGAAAUGCUUGCCUCUGGUGUAGAGAGAAUCAUUGAACAGGUGGUAGAUGCUCAGAUCCAACAGAUUUUCCUCCCUCGCAUUGAGACGGUUGUCAAGGAGUACCUCCACAGUGAUAAUGCACCGUCUUCCAGUGAUAACAAGGCUACAGAGAAUACAUCUGCACCUACACAACCCACUCAACCCGGGGGCACUGGUUCCAGCUCAAGUCCUGUGGUUUUGGGUGUGAAAGGAUCUCCUACAGAUAGUCCUCUUCCUGGAUGGAGUGCUGCAACUUCCUUUCCGAAGCCACCCCCUCUGCCUGGUGAAACCCAGGAUCAACCUCAGCCUCCUCCCUUGCCAGACUCAACUGCUGUCCAGGAAAAGCCCAAGCCUCCUCCCCUGCCUCGCUCUCGGGAAGCAUCCCCACCACCACUGCCACCCAGCUCGAUACCAGAGAGAAGGCGCACAUCUUCUGUAUCCUCAACACCAAGUUUAGACUCCAUAUCAUCUGAUCCACUUAGCAUUGAUAGUGAGGAGGACAAACCGAAGGAAGUUGCAAAAACUACUCCAGCAAAAAUGUCUCCUGCCUCCUCCACCAAGUCUACUCCUGGAAAGACAUCUCCUGGGAAGGUUGCUCCAGGAAAGAGAAGAGUGAUUCUGAAGAAAGUGGUGGUUCGAAAAGCAGAUGGCACCAAGGUGGUCAGGGUCGUCCGUAUGGACCCUACCAAAGCAACUGCUAAGAAACUGUUGAUGAGGGCUACAGCAAGAGCUGCUGGGGAUCAGGGUGGAUCUCCCAAAGGAAAAACAAUCUCACCUAUGAAAGAUAAGGUAGAAGAUGGUAAGCAAGCUGCUAAAGAAGGUAGUCCUGCCCAGAGCAUCAAAUCAGAAGAUGAUCUCACUAGUGACAUGCAAAUAAGUCCAUUACUUGGAAAAAGAAAACAUUUACCUGUUGACACCAAAGUUUCAAAAGUGGGUGAAGCUCAAGACCUCCCUGCUACAAAAGUCAAGGAUGAACCAACGAGCAGUGGAGAGGAGAAGAGAACUUCAAGACCAAUUAGGUCAAAACGCAGAGGUUACACCAGGGAAGAGAUAGCAGCUGCCCAAGAUGACUCAGAGAGUGAUGAGGAUUGGACACCAUCUCCAGUCAUUCCCAAGGAUGAGGAAGAUAGUCUUUCAAAAGACUUGGAGGAUAUAUCUUCAUCGAGUUCAGAUAUGGACUUUGAAGAAGAAAUGAAUAGUAACUAUCAGACAAACCGGAGAGACUAUUUCCCUGUUGAGGCCUCUGACUCAGAGAGUCAUGUAUCUGAUGUGACUGUUAGCUCUGUGCAUACCAGCGAUCUUUCAUCGUUUGAUGAUAAGAUUAGUUCAUCAUCUAGCUCAUCCUCUAGUAGUGAAGAAGAAGAAGAUACUGAUGACUAUGGAAAAAAUACAGGAAAGUUAGAAGACCAAUCCAAGAGUGAUGACAAGCCCACUUCCUUGCCCAUUCCCUCGAAGGAUGCGAAGGACGAGGCCCCGGAAAGAAGCGUGUCUCCUGCAUCAUCUACAGGAGAGAAGACAUCCCCCAGGCCGGUGGCUGAGGCUAGAUGGAAGAGACAGCACAUGAUGGAUACAGAGGAUGAGGAGACAAAGGCAGAGCGGAGAAAGAGAGCGGAUACUAAAGUAUGGAUUGAUAAGCAUCACAAAGCAUCAGGAUCCAAGGCGGAGGCUAAGGAAGAGAGAGCGAAGCGCAGGCAACAGCUGAAGGAGGAGAGAGAACGUCAGAGGGAAAGUGGUUCUAGUCCAUCUCAAAUUGGGACCAGGAAACAGAGGAGAGGUAGAAGUGGGGAUGAGGGAGCCGAGACCAAACAAUAUACCAAGCAACAGCUCAAAGAGCAGAAACUGCAAGAGAAGAGACGUGAAGCCAAGCGCCAGCGUAGCCUCCUCUCCCAGAGUGAAGACAGUCCAGCAGCACUAGAUUUUAAACCUAGGAGGGAGACCAAGUGGGAACAACCAUCUAUCCUCAGACAGGAAUUCUUUCUCAAGAAGCGAAAGGACUCCAAGAUUCCAUUCCAUCACCUACUCACCAUGGACAUGGCUUAUAAACAGCUUCUAAAGAAGAGUCAGCAGAGAGCAAAGUACAUUGCAAUGAGGGUUAAGGAUGAAAAAGCAGGCAAGAAGUCGUACUGUAGGUUUUCCUUCCAAGCGCCAGGGAAGAAGGCAAGGAUGUCGAGAUGGCAGCAAGUAUUGGCAGAGCGAAAGAAGUGCCAAGUAACUAUGGAAGAGUCUGUUAUACCAGAAGCUGUUGUGGAAACAGUUGAUAUGGAUGAGUCUGAUCAGCAAGUGCAAAGUGCCAAUGAUGGGGAAAGACUGGAAGUUGUAUCACCUGUAAGCCCUGAUGGAACGCCUCAAAUACCUGAAAAGGACACUGAAGGGGGCCUUGAUUAUGAAGCUAUCAAAAGCCCAGAAACUGAAACUGAAAGUAUUGAGGAAAUUGGAAAGAAUAACAUAGAUAAGGUUGAUGAGCCCGAGGAUGAGAGAAUAGAUGCUGUGGAAGAACGUAGCAUAGUCAGCACUGAGAAAGAAGAGGAUACAGCAAUUGAGGAGGAGAAAGAAAAUGAAACAGAGAAAGCAGUAGAUGAUAUUCUUGAUUCUGACACCACUAACCUGAAAAUGGAAGAAAAAGAAAGUGCAGCUCUUUCCACCGACGUAGUGAAUAUUGUUAGUAGUGAGGCCAAUGAAGAGAUUGCUGGUCCUGACAAUGACAGAGAUGAGGAUGAAAGAAUGGAUACAUCAACAACAGAGAGGAUCAUGGAAGAAGAAUGUCAUGAGGAAGAUACAAAAUUAGUGACAGAAGAAGGCGAGCAACUUGAAGAUAGUAGUGAAAUGAACAAAGAGCGAGAAGAGGACAAAGAACAAGAGGAGGACAAAGAGGAAGGACAAAUCAAUACAAAGGAUGAUGAGAAGAACACUGAAUCACCUACAGAAGACAGUGUACCAACUUUUAUUGUCCUGGAAAGAGAGGAGAUAUCAAGCGAGGAAAGUGAUUUUGAUGAACCCGAGGGAGAAAUCACAGAGGAGCAAGUUUAUUCUGAAGAAAAAUCACUGAAGUUGCCUUCCAUUUUCCAACAGACAGAGGCGAUAUCUUCAGAUGAAGAGCUUGAUGAUAUCAUACCACCAUCAGCAAAGCACAAAGCUGAUGAGGAUAGGGUGGAGGAGAGAUCUGAAGGAGAGGUAGAUGAAGAUGCAGCACCUCUACCAGAGGGAGAAUCAAUAACCAAGCUCACUGAAGAUAUAUCAGGAGAUGAGCUUUCUGAUUCUCAGUCCCUGGAGAAUCCACCAACUCCAACCAUGGAUGAACCAUCAGAGUUUGAAGGAAUCAGAGAUGCAAGCAAUGAUGGGCAGGCAGCUAUUCCUAUUGUCCUUGUCGGUAAUCCUGGUGGGUCUGGUAAAAUUCUUGGACAUAGUUACUCCACAGGAUCAUCAAGUGAUAUAGAAGGAACAAGGACAAGGGAAAGCACACCUAAAGAUGAUAGUCAAAUCCAAGAAAAGGUGAAAGACAGCAAAAAGGAAGAGAUUGAGGAGGGAGAACUUGCAGAAAUGGAAGAAGGAGAAGUGCCAGAGGAGAAAGAGCAAGUAUUGGGCCGUAGGACACGGGAUAGAAAUUUGAGUGGUCAGAGUGACCCUUCAGAUGACUCGUUGGGAUAUGGCAAAAGGCCAAGAAGAAGAACCUUCUCCCCACAUCAAGGUAAGGAUGACGAUUACUUGUACUUUGGUCUUCCAAAGCGGACACGACGUCAGUCUCCAACACAAACUCAGUCUCCUACCCUCACACAAGGUGCUGACCAAAAGAAACCCCUCACUAGGGAACGUUCAAGAUCUGGUGCAUUGACAGCUGGCCAGGGUAAAAACUCCCCAACACCAGUCAAGGAAGUGGAGGCAAGGGUACCUUCGGCCCUGACGGAGCGUCGAUCUUCCCGCUACUCAAGGAGGGUGUCGCCUCCUAGACGUUACUCACCGAGUGAACAGAGGACAGCACCGAAGAGCAAAAGCCAAGGCAAUAUUACACCUCCCCUUGUCCCAUCACCGGUGCCUUCCCCCUCACCCCGUGAUCCUGAUCCACCCUCUCAACCUCAGCAGCCCCAUCGUCACUUCACCAGACGGAUGAGUGGGAGGGAUGAAGAAAGGAGGUCUCAUCGUUAUGAAGAUAUGUAUUACUAUGAUAACAAGAAAUCAAAAAGUAAUGCUAAUCAAGCAUCUGCUUCAGGUAAACCUACCCGAAGAACAUCCGCAGAAGAUAGGAAACGGAAGAGGUGAACAAAUUAAUUUCAGUCUCUGAAGAUUAGCAGCUUCUCGUAAAAUUGAGAAUAUAUUCUUUUGAAUAUCUUCAAAAUAUAUGGUAUUCAUGUGUUGUUGAAGGGCAGUAAACUUGUUGUUCUGGAUAAUUGCAAAAUAAUAUUCUUAUUCUCUGAGACCACUGAAAAUGA